GGUCUCAAGAUCUGGAAAAGCGACACGGGCCGUGCGCGACACGGUGCCUCACGCUUCUGGAGGAUACUAAUCUCUGAAGCCACACACUUGAUCUGGAAGCUCCGCUGUGAGCGAGUUAUCGGCCAUUCGGAUGAACCACACUGGGAACACAGCGACCUUCAAGUCCGCCGUCGUUUCACUUACGUUAUGAAUAAUCGACUCUUGAUUGACGUCGCGACAACUCAUAAGAAGUACGGGAAACUAGCACGAAAGUCGGAUCUCGUGCUCGCCACAUGGAACGGAACGAUCCUUGAUGAAUUGGCGCUCCCGGAAGACUGGACAAAGUGCAAAGGUAUUUUAGUGGGUAGUGUCCCGGUUUUACGGCUAGAUUUUGACCCGGGCUGA